GCCGAGGAGGGCUUUCCGGAAGCGCCAGCUGCCCUCGACGGGCGGGAGUUGGAGACGCGCGCCGCUCGGAGGCCCCGCCCCUCAGGGGCCGCGCCCCGGGCGCGCCGCCGGGUGGGGGGGUCUCCAUGGUGAUGGUAAACAAGCCUCAACUGCCUCGGCUACAACUGCCAAGCCCCGCACGUUCCAGCCUCCUCUUCUCGGUGCGGACGUGGAGAGCGGGAGCGUGGAUACGCAGAGCCCGCGCCACAGGAACCUACCCACCGAGCCGAUCUGACACCUGCCCUGUCAAGUCUCCAAGAUGCUGGGUCCCGAGGGAGGCGAAGGAUUUGUGGUCAAGCUCCGUGGCUUGCCCUGGUCUUGCUCUAUUGAUGAUGUGCAGAAUUUCCUCUCUGAAUGCAAAAUCCGUGAUGGGGUCGCGGGUGUUCACUUCAUCUACACCAGGGAAGGCAGGCAGAGUGGUGAGGCUUUUGUGGAACUUGAGUCAGAAGAGGAUGUAAAAAUGGCCCUGAAAAAAGACAGAGAGAGCAUGGGCCACAGGUAUAUUGAGGUCUUCAAGUCCCACCGAACGGAAAUGGAUUGGGUGCUGAAGCACAGCGGUCCAAACAGCGCCGACACCGCUAACGAUGGCUUUGUGCGGCUGCGGGGACUCCCCUUUGGCUGUACCAAGGAAGAGAUCGUGCAGUUCUUCUCGGGGUUGGAAAUCAUGCCCAAUGGGAUCACACUACCCGUGGACCCUGAGGGCAAGAUCACCGGGGAGGCCUUCGUGCAGUUUGCCUCGCAGGAGUUGGCUGAGAAGGCCCUUGGGAAGCACAAGGAGAGAAUAGGGCACCGGUACAUCGAGGUGUUCAAGAGCAGCCAGGAGGAGGUGAGGUCCUACUCGGAUCUCCCUCUGAAGUUCAUGUCCGCACAGCGGCCCGGGCCCUAUGACCGGCCCGGCACCGCCAGGAGGUACAUGGGCAUCGUCAAGCAAGCAGGCCUGGAUAGGAUGCGGCCUGGCACCUACAGCACAGGCUAUGGGGGCUACGAGGAGUACAGUGGCCUCAGCGACAGCUACGGCUUCACCACCGACCUCUUUGGGCGUGACCUCACCUACUGCCUGUCGGGAAUGUAUGACCACAGGUAUGGGGAUGGUGAGUUCGCCGUCCAGAGCACCACCGGGCACUGCGUCCACAUGAGGGGGCUGCCCUACAAAGCCACCGAGAACGACAUUUACAACUUCUUCUCUCCACUCACCCCCGUGAGAGUGCACAUCGAAAUCGGCCCUGAUGGCAGAGUGACCGGCGAAGCUGAUGUCGAGUUUGCCACCCACGAAGAGGCUGUGGCGGCGAUGGCAAAAGACAGAGCCAACAUGCAGCACAGAUACAUAGAACUGUUCUUGAAUUCGACCACUGGGGCCAGCAACGGAGCGUACGGCAGCCAGAUGAUGCAGGGCGUGGGGCUGUCCACCCAGUCCACCUACAGCGGCCUCGAGAGCCCAUCGGUGAGCGGCUGCUACGGGAGCGGCUACGGCGGCCAGAACAGCAUGGGCGGGUACGACUAGUUUUCUAGGAAUGUUUUGAGUUAUUGCAAUCAAAUGUUCACAGGCAGCCAACAAGCAGUGAAGAGCAGUUAUUACUCUAGAGGAAGCUGUGGGACCCAUUUUGCACCAAUGAGUUUGUGAAAUCUGGAUUAAAAAAUUACCUCUUCAGUGUUUUCUCAUGCAAACUUUCUUCUAGCAUGUCCUGUUGAGUAAACAAUACCUUUAAACGAUUUUCAGCUUUUCUCAAUUAACAUUUUGGUAGUGUACUUCAGAGCGAUGUUAUCUGAGUUUAAACGUAGUUUCAAAUUCGUUAACUGUGGGUCUUUUACACCACGUUACAGAGAACACAUUCGGGAGACAUGCUUUUUUGGAAAACUCAAAGGUGCUAGAUCCCUAAUUCAAAGAAAAACAUUUCUCAUGUUUGUUCGUUAUAGUUUAUUUUCAUUUAAAAUCUUUUAGGUUAAGUUUAAGCUUUUAAAAAAAAAGUUAAUUUUUGGAAAUUGAGACACAAUACUAAUACUGUAGGAAUUGGUGAGGCCUUAGACCUUUCUUUGUACUGUGAUUUCCUUUUGGGUGUAUUUUGCUAAAUGAAACUUGUUAACUCAAUUUUUUUCUUAAAAUAAAGACUUUUUCACAACAA